AUGACAGAACGGCCACGGUUAUCGUCCAUUGACUUUUUAAUUAGCAAACGAAGGAGUAGCUCAUUGCCCAGUCCGAUUUCACCGUCGAAGAGUCUCGAGAAAAUGUCGCUGGAAUCAAUCGUCUCAAGAAAUCUUAAGAUAAGAAGCACGAGAGUGAGACAGUUUCUCGCCGAAUUUCAUGGAUCUUUCAUUCUUGCAUACAUUGGUAUUGGCGCUGCGCAUCUGACCUCUCCUCUGCUUGGAUUUGGAGGUGCAAGCUCAGUUCAUGGUGCACUCUGUGGGGGACUUGGCGUUGCUCUAGGAAUUUUCUUCUCAGCUGGUGCUUCUGGCGGACAUCUGAAUCCGACUGUUACAAUGGCGCACGCUAUUCUGGGGAAGAUGGGAAACGGAUUUUUGCAGAAUUUCGUAGGAACAGUUGUUUAUCUGGUUGCUCAAUUUCUUGGGAUGUUCGUCGCUGCUGCUCUCUCUUACUGGGUUUAUUCGGUAAACGAAAAAGAUGCCUACGAACAUUUCAACGGGGAUGCUCUGAAUGACAAAUACGGAAAUGCUAUUGAUCGUUUCAGCCAGAAAAAUUAUGAGUUCAGCUGUCUAUAUUCAACUUGUCCAAAACAUGAUGUGCCGAACUCUCACCUUACAAUGCUAGUUGAUCAAAUCAUUGGAUCUUCAAUUCUUGCGACAACAGUGCUAGCAGUAACUGACAAGCGACACAAUAAUGGAGGUCCACAAGGAAUGGCCCCUCUGAUUAUCGGCCUCAGUGCUACUGCAGUAGGAUUGUCGUAUGGAGCAAAUUCUGGUGGCGCCAUUAAUGCUGCACGUGACUUUGCACCACGAUGCUUUGCCACAAUUCUAUACGGAAAAACGGCAUUUUCUGGGCUCGAUGACACAAACUCAUCAUUCUUCUUCUGGGUUCCUCUCCUCGGCUCGUUUAUCGGAGGCUGCGUUGCUGGCAUCCUCUAUCUAUUUUACAUUCUAGCGCAUUGGCCUGAAUCCGAUGGAGUACGAAAUGCAUCGGCGAAAAGAAAAGUUGAGCAUGAAACAUCAAUUCAUUGA